AUGGCUGACAAAGGUGGGAAGAUCCUUCCAGGACAACUGUACAUUGAAGUGGAGUACGACUAUGAGUAUGAGGCCAAGGACAAGAAAAUUGUGAUUAAGCAAGGGGAGAAAUACAUCUUAGUGAAAAAGACUAAUGAUGAUUGGUGGCAAGUCAAAAGAGAUGAAAAUUCAAAACCCUUUUAUGUGCCAGCACAGUAUGUGAAGGAAAUACCACGAAAAGCGCUGAUGCCACCUGUUAAGCAAGCAAGCAUGCUGCCAAAUAACGCUUUGAAGUUGACACAUGGAUUACAGAGGUCAACUGAAAAUGUGAAUAAGUCACCAGAGCUUUCUAGUUUUGGAAAAUCUUCUCCAGUUCAAGUGUCUUGCUUAGUUCGAGAUGCCAAUCAAAAUCUGGGACCGAACACUAGCCCUGGUCAAACUCUUGGUUUGAGUCUGGACCUUACCCAAAACAAUGGAAAACUUAACAAUGAGUUGCAGUCUCCCAAGGUUUCCAAUCAGUAUAGAACCAUCUCCACGGGUCAUCUUCCAUGUCCAGAGUUCUUGGAAAUAGAGAAGACCAGCUUUUUGCAUGAACAAUCUUUCCCAGAAAAAAUUCACCAAGAUUCAGAGUCUGGAGAUGAACUCAGUAGUAGCUCCACAGAACAAGUGCAGCCAACUACUCCACCAAGCCAAGGGAGGCCUGAUUCACCAGUUUAUGCUAAUUUACAAGAACUGAAAAUAUCUCAGUCUGCACUUCCACCGCUACCUACAAGUGCUCCGGUCCAAAUAAAUGGGGAAUGGGAAACCCAUAAAGAUACGACAGGACGCUGUUAUUACUACAACAGAGGAUCACAGGAGCGAACCUGGAAACCUCCGCGGUGGGCCCGAGAUGCAAGCAUUAAUAAAGGGGAUCCCCAGAGCCAUGCAGAUCAUGAGCAUCUUUCAUCAGAAGAAAACGACCACAGUUCUUGUUACAGCCAGUCAGAUAGUCAGUAUGGUUCUCCUCCAAAGGGUUGGUCAGAAGAGUUGGAUGAACAUGGUCAAACCUUAUAUACCAAUGACUAUACUAAUGAAAAGUGGAUAAAACACGCAGAUGAACAAGGUAGACCAUACUACUACAGCGCUGAUGGUUCCCGAUCAGAAUGGGAGUUACCUAAGUAUAAUGCUUCACCACAGCAGCAGAGAGAUAUAAUAAAGAGUAGGAGUCUGGACAGGAGGCUACAAGAACCAAUAGUUUUAACAAAAUGGAGGCACAGCACAAUUGUGUUGGACACCAACGAUAAGGAAUCAUCAACUGCUUCUAAGGCCAGUUUUCCUGAAAAUGAGUCCUCUCCUUCUUCACCAAAGCAUCAAGCCACAGGUCAAGAGAAGUAUGGGUUAUUGAAUGUGACAAAAAUUACAGAAAAUGGGAAGAAAGUUCGAAAGAAUUGGAUGUCAUCGUGGGCAGUGUUACAAGGUUCAUCACUCCUUUUCACUAAAACCCAAGGAAGUGGAACUGGCUGGUUUGGUGUCAAUCAGUCUAAGCCAGAAUUUACAGUGGAUCUCAAAGGAGCAUUGAUUGACUGGGCCUCAAAGGACAAAUCCAGCAAAAAGAAUGUUAUUGAGCUAAAAACCCGCCAAGGAACUGAGCUCUUAAUUCAAUCUGAUAACGAUGGCUUUAUUAAUGAAUGGUAUAAAGUUCUUAACUACACCAUCAACAAUCAGGUAGUAGAGUCUGAUGAAGCAUUAGAAGAUGAUGUACCAGAUUCCCCUGGGGUGGAAAAACAAGACAAAGAGAAAGAGAAUAAAGACUCUAAGAAACUUCGUUCAGUGAAAGCACCUAGCAAUAUAGAUUCUACAGAUCAGAAAAAGACCAAAACGAAGCUCAAGAAGUUUCUUACACGGCGCCCUACGUUACAAGCUGUCCGUGAAAAAGGCUACAUUAAGGAUCAAGUGUUUGGUUCCAAUCUCACCAGCUUGUGUCAAAGAGAAAACAGCACGGUGCCAAAGUUCGUGAAGCUGUGCAUUGAGCAUGUUGAGGAACAUGGAUUAGAUGUUGACGGCUUAUACCGAGUUAGUGGCAAUCUUGCAGUGAUACAGAAGCUAAGAUUUGCAGUCAAUCAUGAUGAGAAACUAGACUUGAAUGACAGUAAAUGGGAAGAUAUACAUGUCAUCACAGGAGCUCUAAAGAUGUUUUUCAGAGAAUUGCCAGAGCCGCUGUUCACUUAUAAUCACUUCAAUGACUUUGUCAAUGCAAUUAAACAAGAACCAAGGCAGCGUGUCCAUGCUGUUAAAGAUUUAAUCAAACAGUUGCCAAAACCAAAUCAGGACACUAUGCAGGUACUCUUUAGACACCUGAAGAGAGUUGUAGAAAACGGAGAAAAGAACCGAAUGACCUAUCAAAGUGUAGCAAUAGUUUUUGGUCCAACCUUAUUAAAACCAGAGAAAGAGACUGGUAACAUAGCAGUCCACACAGUAUACCAGAAUCAGAUUGUAGAAUUAAUUCUACUGGAAUUGAAUUCCAUCUUUGGACGCUGACAUUUUCCUUGGGGUAGAAACUGGAAGUGAUGGGUUGGCAGCAGUACUCCAUCAGAAGGAAAAUCUCUCGCUGUACGUGAUGUAUUACGUUUGUGGACCAAGCAGCAACUUGUUUUUUGCACUUUUGGGGAGGGGAGAAACAGGAGAAAUGUUUGACCACUUUAAUGCAAAUUAAAGACAACACUUGGAUUUCUUUGAAAAGUUCAAUGUAAAAAGUGAAUUGAAAAGUUUAUAGUUUGCCUUUUUUAAGUAGCAUUGGAAAAAUGUAAUAUAGGUUCAUA